UGGAAAUGCAGCAAGGAUUCCUAGCACAUCCCAGUUGCCAUAGCAACAGCAGUCUUUCCCAUAAUGAGCUGCAUCAUCUGAACUGAUGUCACAGCAUCAUGCAGCAGGUCAAACAAGGCAUCUUCUAGUAUUGCAUCCUACAGAUGUGCUGUAAACAUCAAAAGAAGACAGUGGGAGCAGGAGAUGCUGUUUGGGAAAGAAGUAAGGUUUAGCUUUCUCCAUGUUCACCAUGAGCGUGACACUUUCCCCCCUGAGGUCGCAGGAUCUAGACCCCAUGGCUACUGACGCUUCCCCCAUGGCCAUCAACUUGACGCCCACUGUGGAGCAGGGCGAGGGAGAAGAGACAAUGAAGGACAUAGAUCCAGACCAGCAGUAUGAAAAGCCGCCCCCCUUGCACACAGGAGCUGACUGGAAGAUUGUCCUCCACUUGCCUGAAAUUGAGACCUGGCUCCGGAUGACAUCUGAGAGAGUCCGGGACCUGACCCAUUCUGUCCAGCAGGACUCGGAUAGCAAACAUGUGGAUGUACAUCUUGUUCAACUGAAGGACAUUUGUGAAGAUAUUUCAGACCACGUUGAGCAGAUCCAUGCUCUCCUUGAAACCGAGUUCUCCCUGAAGCUGCUGUCCUACUCUGUCAAUGUGAUCGUGGACAUCCAUGCAGUGCAGCUCCUCUGGCACCAGCUCCGAGUCUCAGUGCUGGUUCUUCGGGAGCGCAUUCUGCAAGGCCUGCAGGACGCCAAUGGCAACUACACCAGGCAGACAGACAUUUUGCAAGCCUUUUCUGAAGAGACAAAUGAGGGCCGACUUGAUUCACUAACGGAAGUGGAUGAUUCAGGCCAACUAACCAUCAAGUGCUCUCAAAACUACUUGUCUCUAGACUGUGGUAUUACUGCUUUCGAACUGUCUGACUAUAGCCCAAGUGAGGAUUUGCUUGGUGGUCUGGGUGAUAUGACCUCUAACCAGAUGAAAACCAAACCCUUUGAGUCUUGGAGCUACAGUGAGAUGGAAAAGGAGUUCCCUGAGCUUAUCAGAAGUGUUGGGUUACUUGCUGGAUCUACUGACCCCAUUCCCUCCAGCUCCAGUGAAGCACUUCUUGAGGACAUGUCUCACAAGUCUUGUUCAGCAGACAACAAAGAGGGACAUAAAGAAAACAAUGCUUGCACAGUGGAGGAAGUGCCAGGCUCAACACCAGCCACGUCAUUGUCUAGGGAAGUGCCGACAAAUGCUGCUCAACCAUCUUCUGAGACUUUGAAGCAAGAAUCCGAUUCCUCCUCCCAGCUUGGGACAAAGAACCAACAAAUUCUUUGUGCUGAAAAUGCAACACCCAAGCGAACCAUCAGAGAUUGCUCUAAUUAUAAUGAGGAUUCUCCUACACAGCCCACAAUGCCCAAAAGAGGGCUUUUCCUUAAAGAGAAAACACUGAUGAAAGAUAUGAAAGGCACUGUGGGGAAGAAGCAGCUGGCUGAUCUCAAGCCUGCGAUGAGCAGAAGCACCCCUUCCCUGGUGGACCCCCCUGACAGAUCCAAACUCUGCCUGACAUUGCAGUCUUCAUACCCCAGCAGCCCGUCAGCUGCCAGUCAGUCAUUUGAGUGUUUGCACCAGGUCGGGGCUGGAAAUCUUGAAAACACUGUCAAAAAUCACAUUAAAGAAAUCUCUUCCAGCCUGGGAAGGCUUAAUGACUGUCAUAAAGAGAAAUCCCGACUUAAAAAGUCCCACAAGAAAUCACAAGAGGCCCCUCCAUGCCAAAUGCUUAAGCAAGGAACUGAUUCAGGCAAGCGAGUAGAAAAUGUGGGACGCACAAUAGUACCUAAUGGAAUUCCUGUGGGGCCCACCAAGGCCAUAGACACAGAUUCUGCUUCCACAUCCUCACUUGAGCCAGGUAGUCAGAGAAGCUGGAAUUCCAAAUUGCCAGUGCACUCUGAAACAUCCAAUUCGCCUCUUUUAACUCAAAGCAGUGAAUCCUCUGCUGGCUCAGACAUCAUGUCUCCAGUCCCCCUUCUUUCAAAACACAAAAGCAAGAAAAAUAAUUCUACUUCCACAAAUCAUGUCUCCAGGAACGGUCCAGUUGUGGAAGCCUGGUAUGGCUCUGAUGAAUACCUAGCACUGCCCUCUCACCUUAGGCAGACAGAAGUAUUAGCCUUGAAGUUGGAAAACCUAACAAAGCUCCUGCCUCAGAAACCCAGAGGAGAAAUCAUUCAGAAUAUUGAUGACUGGGAACUCUCGGAAAUGAAUUCCGAUUCUGAGAUUUAUCCAGUGUACCAUGUCAAGAAGAAGCACACUAGACUAGGCAGGGUGUCGCCAAGCUCAUCCAGUGACAUUGCCUCUUCCCUGGGAGAGAGCGCUGAAUCUGGGCCCCUGAGCGACCUCCUUUCUGAUGAGGAGUCAUCUACAUCUCUCUCUGGCCUGAAAAAAUACAUUGAUCAGAGGUCAGAGAGCGCAUCAUCUGUUGAGAAAAACGAGAGCCAUUCUGCUGCGAAAUCUGCUUUGAUUCAGAAACUGAUGCAAGACAUUCAGCACCAAGACAACUAUGAAGCCAUAUGGGAAAAGAUAGAGGGAUUUGUAAACAAGUUGGAUGAAUUUAUUCAAUGGUUAAACAAAGCCAUGGAAACAACUGAGAACUGGACUCCCCCCAAAGCAGAGACGGAUAGCCUUAAACUCUAUCUGGAGACUCACCUGAGUUUUAAGUUGAAUGUAGACAGUCACUGUGCUCUAAAGGAAGCAGUGGAGGAGGAAGGACACCAACUUCUUGAGCUUAUUGCAUCUCACAAAGCAGAAGGACUGAAGGACAUGCUGCGGAUGAUUGCAAGUCAAUGGAAGGAGCUGCAGAGGCAAAUCAAACGGCAACACAGCUGGAUUCUCCGGGCUCUGGAUACCAUCAAAGCUGAGAUUCUGGCUACUGAUGUGUCUGUGGAGGAUGAGGAAGGGACUGGAAGCCCCAAGACUGAGGUUCAACUAUGCUACCUGGAAGCACAAAGAGAUGCGAUUGAGCAGAUGUCCCUCAAGCUGUACAGCGAGCAGUACACCAGCAGCAGCAAGAGGAAAGAAGAGUUUGCUGAUAUGUCAAAAGUUCAUUCAGUGGGAGGCAAUGGACUUCUGGACUUUGAUUCAGAAUAUCAGGAGCUCUGGGAUUGGCUGAUUGACAUGGAGUCCCUUGUGAUGGACAGCCACGACCUGAUGAUGUCAGAGGAGCAGCAGCAGCAUCUUUACAAGCGAUACAGUGUGGAAAUGUCCAUCAGGGGCCUGAAAAAGACGGAGCUGCUUAGUAAGGUUGAAGCUUUGAAGAAAGGUGGCGUUUUACUACCAAAUGAUCUCCUUGAAAAAGUGGAUUCAAUUAAUGAAAAAUGGGAACUGCUUGGGAAAACCCUCGGAGAGCAGACCCAAGACACAAUGGUGGGGCACAGUGGGUCAGGUCCCCGUGACCUGCUCUCUCCUGAAAGCGGAAGCCUGGUAAGGCAGCUGGAGGUCAGGAUCAAAGAACUGAAAGGGUGGCUGAGAGAUACAGAGCUUUUCAUCUUCAAUUCCUGCCUGAGACAAGAAAAGGAAGGAACAAUGAAUGCUGAGAAACAACUGCAAUACUUUAAGUCCCUCUGUUGUGAGAUCAAGCAGCGGCGGCGUGGCGUGGCCUCUAUCCUACGAUUAUGUCAGCAUCUUCUGGAUGACCGGGAGACCUGCCAUCUGAACGCAGACCACCAGCCCAUGCAGCUGAUCAUUGUCAACCUGGAAAGAAGAUGGGAAGCCAUUGUCAUGCAAGCAGUUCAGUGGCAAACGCGGUUACAGAAGAAGAUAGGAAAGGAGGCUGAGACUUUGAAUGUGAUUGAUCCAGGUUUGAUGGACCUAAAUGGGACAAGUGAAGAUGCCCUGGAAUGGGAUGAAACUGACAUAAGUAAUAAGUUGAUUAGUUUGAAUGAAGAAGCCAAUGACCUUGAUCAAGGCUCCCAACUUGCCAUGCCUUCCUUGAAUUUGGAGGAGACAGGUGGGGAGGACCCUGGUUGUGAAGAGAAGGCAGGUAACUGCUCAGGAUCUCAGUAUGCCUCGAAUGUCACUGCCUCCUCUGGUCCUCACAUUUACCAGGUGUACAGUCUCCACAAUGUUGACCUCUGUGAGAAAAGCCACAUGCCAUUCCUGAAGAACAAUUCAAAACUCUCCAGCAAGACCCAGCCUGGUGUUCUUACUAAGAGUCUCAGUAAAGAUUCUUCAUUUUCAUCUACCAAAUCACUUCCAGAUCUUCUUGGGGGUUCUAAUUUGGUGAAGACCUGCUCAUGCCACAGAGGAGAUAGGAGCCAAAACUCGGGCAGCGAGAGUGGAAUUGUCAGUGAAGGGGAUACUGAAACCACUACCAACUCUGAAACAUGUUUGCUCACUGCAGUGGAUGGGUCGCCACAUAACCCUGAAACAGACCAUCUGGAGCCCCAAAUGGGAGAGGCAGUCAAUGUGCUAACACAAAAGUUUAAAGAUGAUGAGGAACACAUUAAGCUUCCAAAUAGCUCUCAGUCAUCCAUUUCACCAGUGGGAUGUGUAAAUGGAAAAGUUGGAGAUUUAACCAGUGAUACCAAACACACCCCUGAUUGUUUAGGAGAAGAAUUACAAGGAAAACAUGAUGUGUUUACAUUUUAUGAUUACUCUUACCUCCAAGGCUCAAAACUCAAGUUACCAAUGAUAAUGAAACAGUCUCAGAGUGAAAAAAUACACAUGGAGGAUCCCUUGCUUCAUGGUUUUUAUUUUGAUAAAAAAUCCUGCAAGUCUAAACAUCAGGCUACAGAGUUACAACCAGAUGCCUCUCCCCAUGAAAGGAUUUUGGCAAGUGCAUCCCAUGACAUGGAUUACAAUUCCUAUAAAAGUGGUGAUGUACAGAAGACAUUCACGGGCAUGCAGAAUGCGAGACAGCUCUCUCUUUUAUCUCAUAGUUCAUCAGUUGAGUCCCUUUCUCCAGGAGGCGAUUUGUUUGGAUUGGGCAUCUUUAAAAAUGGCAGUGAAAGCCUCCAGCGAAGCACUUCUUUAGAAAGUUGGUUGACAUCCUAUAAAAGCAAUGAAGAUCUUUUUAGUUGUCACAGCUCAGGGGAUAUAAGUGUGAGCAGUGGCUCAGUUGGGGAACUGAGUAAAAGGACAUUAGAUCUUCUGAAUCGUCUGGAGAAUAUCCAGAGCCCCUCAGAGCAAAAGAUAAAGCGAAGCAUUUCUGAUAUCACUCUCCAAAGUAGUUCCCAAAAAAUGUCCUUCACUGGCCAACUGUCUUUGGACAGAGCAUCUUCAAUCAAUGAAGAUUCCCCAGCCUCGCUGACAGAACUUAGCAGUAGCGAUGAGAUCUCUCUUUGCUCAGAGGAUAUUGUAUUACACAAAAACAAGGUCCCAGAAUCAAAUGCGUCAUUCCGGAAGCGGCUGACCCAUUCAGUGGCUGAUGAAAGCGACGUCAAUGUCAGCAUGAUUGUUAAUGUCUCCUGCACCUCUGCUUGCACUGAUGAUGAAGAUGACAGUGACCUCCUCUCAAGCUCUACCCUCACCUUGACAGAAGAAGAACUGUGCAUCAAAGAUGAGGAUGACUCCAGCAUUGCAACUGACGAUGAGAUUUAUGAAGACUGCCACUUGAUGUCAGGGCUAGACUACAUAAAGAAUGAACUGCAGACGUGGAUUCGACCAAAGUAUUCCAUGACAAGAGAUAAGAAAAGGUGCCAUCUUGGUGAUGAAAUAAAAGGCAGUAAGGAUAUAAGUGGUAGUGAAAUGACCAAUACCUCUGAUACUCUCAAUAUUGAGGCACUUCUAAAUGGGUCCAUAAAAUGUCUCUCUGAAAAUAAUGGAAAUGGCAAGAAUUCAUCCUACACUCAGGAGGUAGGAACAAAGGGUGAGAAUAAGAAAAACCUUUUCAAAGUUAAUAAAGAUCCAUAUGUGGCUGACAUGGAAAAUGGUAAUAUUGAAAGUACCCCAGAAAGACAGGAGAUCAAAUUGAGUGGGAUAUCCGUGGAAUCAGAAACUCAAGGGAAGAGGAAUUUGGAGAGUGGGCAUUGUAAAUGUAAAGAAGUUAUAAAGACCUCAGAGGAGUCAAAUAUUGCUGAAAAAGUUAUUGAACACCCCAGUGUUAAACAUCUUUCAAAGAAAUGUCAAAACCACCACCAUUUUGAAACUCAAAGUUCAGCAUCUACUCCCACUGACAAAUCUUGCCCAGAACUGCCUUCAGAAACUAGUACUGUCAAUACACAAGACAAUGAUGUCCCAAAAUCUUCAUCUAAUGAUGCACUGAGUGUCUCUGGGAAAUCUGUUGGUUGUUGCCUUGCAUUCGAACAAAGUGAACCAGAGGGAAAUGCUUCUGUCAGCGAUAACAUUUCCUGUUGUGACUGUGCGCCAGAUGUUUUCCAUCAGAAAGAUGCUGAAGAUUGUUCAGUACAUGACUUUGUCAAGGAAAUAAUUGGCAUGGCUUCAACAGCCCUGAAAAACAAAUCUCAACCUGAAUAUGAGGUGGCUGCACCAACUUCAUUAACUCAAAUCAAGGAAAAAGUACUGGAACAUUCUCACCGCCCUCUUCAGCUGAGAAAGGGAGACUUUUACUCCUACCUAUCUCUCUCCUCACAUGACAGUGACUGUGGGGAGGUGACCAGUUACAUAGAAGAAAAGAGCAGCACCCCAUUGCCCCAGGAUGCUACCGACUCCAGCUUAGAAGACAAGGAAGACAUUGAAUGCUUCUUUGAGGCCUGUGUUGAGGAUGGCCCAGAUAUCCAUGAGCCCUAUUUCCCCAGCUCUCCUCCAAAUGCACCGGCAGUACCUGCUGAAGUUUCAGUGCCUCCACAAGCCAUAGCUGGCCCUUCUCAGUCUGGUGACGGUCCUCAUCCAACUGAUGAUGCCGUUGGGGUUACUUAUUCCAGUCCUCCCUCUCCAAACAGAUCUAACAUUGUAAAGGAAGUGGGCAGUUUACCCCAAGCUCCCAGUGACUCCAGGGAAAAUACAGAAUUAAAUGAUUCUUCAAGGCUGGGCAACGACAAAGAGAGUUCAGAAGACCUAGGCGAGUCUGGAAUGGCAGGAGCACAUAAUGUGGCUCCAGCCAAACCCAGUGUUCUAGAUUUCUCCUCCAAAAAAAGGCAGCCCAAAGACAAGGCUGCAGUGCAUCCCAACCCCAAAACCUUAACCUGUGAAGAAAAUCUCCUAAACCUUCAUGAAGAGCAACAUAGAAAUAUGCAUAGGUAGAAUAUAACCCUCUCCAAGCAUGAAUAUCAUCUCACUGAAAGAUAAGCCUGGCUGCAACUCAUGGGUGGCCUUAUAGCUCCACCCCGGGCUCAUCUCUGGCUCCAUCAUGUCACUGCCGUUCGUUACUCUGACCUCUCCCAAGAUGAAGCUUCCUUCUGAAUGCGGUUUGUCCACAUGCGCCUUGUGCUCUGGAUGUGUGCACUGGUUCUCUAGGUGAUCGUCUUUGAAGUUCAGCACAGCUGCUUGUUCGCCGUGGAUUCCUAUCCCAAGCUACCUCUUCCUACCCCAUCUCUCCCUCCAACAAGACUGGUUUGCCACUGUCCUUCUCGUCUGCUCUUUAUGGUUUUGCAGUUGGCAAAAAUUGAUGGUCCAUUAAAUUCGCCUCUCCUGGAAUGAUCCCUUGCCGAUACAUAAUGAAUUUCAUGUUUCAAUCUGGAUAUUUUUUAAUGGUAUUACGGCUAUGUUUAUCAUAAGAGAUUUACCUAAAAGGCCAACGUUCUAUUGACUGUAGCCUAGAAAAUAAACACUGGCCCUUCUUUCAAAAUUAAGCAGCUUUUAAAAGUACCAAUUUAUUUAUUUUAUUUAAAAAUAAAUCUAUGCAGCACUUCAAGAUACUAUACAGUGUUGUAUAUUGUAAACUGGUGAUAUUCUACUCUCAUGUACACAUUUUGUUUUUUUAAAUGCUUCUUGAGGUGGUAAUGAGAAAAAAGUUUUUUUUU